AUGGAAUUGUCGCCCUCGCCUGCCGCGAGCCGCUCCAUCAUCUCCAUAACGGACUACUUCUUCCCUGCCGCUCCUCGCUCAGCCUCCCAUACAACGACGCGGCUCCGCUCAUCCGUGACACUCCUCUCAACGCUUUCCUAUCGACCCCUAUCCACAUGCUUCUCCGACCCUCGACACGUCCUCUCCAGUUCCCCAACGCGAUUCUUCUACGCCCGGCGCUUCUUCACCUCCGCCUCCACGCGCGCACUUGCCCGCGAGCACGUUCACGAGCACGUUCCUUGCCCGGAGAUCGAUCUCGAACAGCUUGCACAUAUCCUCCCGGAGCAAGAGCUACGUGCCCAACGACAUGACCCGAUCUUCCUCAGCCGGCGUCGUCCUGCGUCGAGCAACAUCGCCAUGCUGAUGGCCUGCACGAUCCAUCGUCGAAGGCCGCUAGCGACAUACGUCCUCCUACGCCCGCCAAUCUCCGCUUCAUCGCGCGUUUCACCUUCGACGUCGAUGCACGAGCGCCCCCAUCCUCGCCCGGAGCGCCGCGAGCUCGUCCGCAUCCGCGCCUUCGUCGGUAUCGAGGUCGCUCGCCGGCGGCGCACGGUGCCCUGCGCGUCAUCGCCGAUGAGCCCGCGCGACGAGGACAAGAUCAACGCUAGAACAUCGAAACGGUUCAGCUUCACAGUACUCAGGGAUCGACGAAUGGAGGAAACUCACCGACGAGCUCCUUCUGUAUGGCGGAUCAUCCCGCCGCCGGACUUAAACACCUUCUUGCUGCCGACCGAGGCUCUCCGCGACGUCGCUCGCCGCCUCCGAGCUCAUUUCGAGGAUGCUCGAGCGCUUGAUGCAGAGCGCCAUCGCGCACUGCGAUCGCGCCGCGAGCGUCGGGCGUGCACAAAGUACUCUGUCGAGAAGGAGCACACGACCGGCGCCGUGUUCUUGUCGUGGGAUACGAGGGCGUUCGUGCACGGGUCCUUUGGUCGUCUGUCGUAUGUGCCGUGGCGGGGGCGGGCCUAG